AUGUUUCUCCACCUCCCGAUUCUCCUUCUAAUCUCCUCGCAAGUCUUCGCCGAACCUGCGCAUCCCCUCAUUUCUCAUGAGGAGGCCCAAUUUGUGGCCUAUACUCUAAUGCGGGCCACUGAAUCCGCAGGCCCGACUGUCGAAAAAUUGGGCCGGAUUUUGAAGGAUCCAUUCAUUGUCAAAAACAAUGUUGAGAAAACCGUCAAGGAUUUUGUGAAAUAUCUCAAAGAUCUUUAUCGAAAUCGAGAAGCCAGUGAUGACACGAUUCUGAGACAAGAACAAGAAGAUAUCGGAUAUUUUGAGGAUCGCAAAGCGAUUCUCUACUAUCGCACCAAACAAUUUCAACCCGAGAAAUUUGAGAGAGUUUACAAUGAGCAAGACGGAGCUGAAUUCAAAAAUUGGGCCCGAAAACAGCACGCGGAAACGAUGCCGUUCAAUGCGGAACGGAAGAAGUUCUUGAAUGAUAUCAUACACGAUGUUCAAUUGAUGGCUGGAUCUUUCAACUUCACCUUCAAAUAUCAAGAACAUUCAGAUGUUUACAGAGUUGUGGAAUUUGAGAAAAGUUUUUAUAUCGAAGAAAUUCAAUUUGAUGUGGAUGGGAAUAAUAGAUUUUUCUAG